AAGCCGCGAUACAGACAGCUAAAUAAAACAAAAAAAAGAGUAAAAACUUUUGAUUGAAAAUUUUCAUUGUGCUCUCAGUUUUGACUCCCAUUUUUGAUUGUGUAAAUUUUUGAUGAAAAGGCAAAGAAAACAAAAAACACCCUUGUGAAAAGUGAAAAUAAUAACAACAAUAAUCGAAGCAAGCUACGAAGCACGAGAUAGGAGAUACGAGAGAGCCCUCCUCUCCCGCUCGUUUGACAGUCUGUCAUGACAGUUCGAGACUGUGUUCUGCUAUAUUUUUUAUUGUUUAUGAACAGCAAGAUCGGCGCCUGCAGCCAUAAACAUAUGUGAGACAUAUAGACGGACUCCCCGCCAUCCCCUCAUACAUUUAUCUCAUAAACCAAAUUGAGACGUGAAACCAGCAAAACAAAAAUAGUGACUCUUGGGCAAGUGAGUCGUGAAAUAAAGCGUUGCGGGUCUUGGUGUCUGGCAACCAUCUUAACGUCCUGAAACGAGGCACUUUUCUCGUUGACAAAGUAACGCAUUUGGGCGAUAAGGAGAAAAACGACGACCGAUAAACGGGAAACGAGAAAAUGAGCAGCCUGCAAGGACAGGGACAGGGACAGGACAUCCCCAACAACAACAGAAACAGGAGGAGGAGCAGCUCCAGGAUGGGGGCGCAACUAUUGCUCUUUAUCAGCAUCGCAUUCGCAUCAUGUUUGCCGGGCAUCGAGUGCUUUCAGCGGUUCUCAGAACAGCCCAAGUACACGGAAGUGAAUCCCGGACAGGAUACGCUCCUCACAUGCAAAGUAAUCGACAAACGGGGCACGUGCUCCUGGCAGAAGGAUAACAAGCCCGUUGGCAUCUAUACGAAGAAAUACGAAUGGGCCUCACGUAUGGGUACGAACGAGAAUGGGAAUGUCUUACAUCUGGAUCUUCAUCCACCGCCAGUGCAAAUUGGCGGCGACUGCUCGCUGUGGAUACGCUCCGCCACGCUGGACUUUGACGACGGCCUGUGGGAGUGCCAAGUGACGGCCAGUGAUUUCACCACACAGGAUGCCCUGACCAGUCAACCGGUUCGCCUGGUUGUACGUGUGGCGCCACAGCGUCCUCGUCUUGAGUACGAGGCCGUACACGUGCCGCCGGGACACAACAUCACCGUCGAUGCUGGCGCCAUGGCGACAGUGAAGUGCGUCUCACAUUAUGGUAAUCCACCGGCCACCCUCAAAUGGUAUUUGGGUGACCAGGAGAUAUCUGCGAUGCACCCACAAAUGAAUGCUACCGAGCCGGAUAAUCCACGCACUUGGUCCUCCACCUCCGUGGUGCAAGUGUCGGCAAUGCGAGAACGUCACGGCGACAUGCUGCGCUGUGCGGCCUUCCACGAGUCCUACUCGGCCAAAUCGGUCCCCGUCGAAGCCCGUCUGGAUGUGAAAUAUGCGCCGAGCAUUCGUCUAAUUGGCUCACCGGAAAUCGACUUGGAGGAGGAUAAGGAUGCGCUCGUCCUGCGCUGCGUGGCCGAUGCCAAUCCACCAGCGAGCAUCGUCUGGCGACGAGCUGGUCGCUCCGAGAUAGCCAGCCUGCAGGAAACUCUGCAAUUGCGUCCCGUUGGGCGACGGGAUGCCGGACUGUACACCUGCCAGGCGCAGAAUUCGGUGGGAACCUCGGAGCAGCUGUCGGUGCAGUUGGAUGUGAAAUAUCCGCCCAAAAUUGUUUCAGCUGGCCCGGAUCGCCUUACCACUGCGCCCCUGUUCAGUCCAGCCGCCUUUGAGUGCGUUGCUGAGGGUAAUCCCAUGCCAUCCUACAAAUGGGUGCAGAGAAUUUCGCAUGGCUCCAAGUACGUGGAGCGAGGCAACGAGCCCCGUCUGGUCAUCGACAAUGUCACCUACGAGUAUCAGGGCGAGUACGAGUGUCGUGCCACCAGCUACAUCAACGGCCAGGAGCGAGUGGCCAUAUCCGAUCCGGUCUCACUGCAAGUUGUGGGUGCCCCACAGGUUCUACGUCUGCAUCCGUCGAUGCACACCAUUUCCGUGAAAAGAGGAGAGUCCGCCGUUCUGACAAUGGUCGUCUGUGCGGAUCCACGACCUCUGCGCGUCGCCUGGGAAUGGGGCUCACUGCGUCUGGAGGCCGGUUCGGGAAUAGAUCGCUUCCGGGCAGAUGAUAUGCUGCAGGACUCUCGAGAGGAUUGCUACCUGUCCACCCUGAACAUUAAUCACGCCGAUGAGCACGACUCACGGCCCUACUAUCUGGUGGUGGAGAACGAGCGGGGUACCGAUCGCCAUGCCAUACAUUUGAUUGUGGAGGGUACGUUUGCAGAACCUUACGAGAUGAGCUACCUAAUGGGCGUGGCCGGUGGCUGCAUGGCCGCCAUCCUACUGCUUGUCUGUCUCUGCAUAUAUGCAAUCAAAAGCAAGAGGUGCUGCUUUAAGGGUUCCACUGGCUAUAAAUCAUCGGAUAAAGACAGCGAGAAAGCUGAUUUGAAAUCACGCUCCGAUAGCACGAGUGGCCCUCAAGGUGAUUCGAUUUACACGACGCCCGCCGGCUUCCAUCAUCACCAACAGCAGCAACAGCAACAGCAGCAGCAGCAACAACAACAACAACAGGCUGCGGCAGCGGCGGCAGUGGCAGCAGCAGCGGCCCUACAUGCCGCCUCGCAGCAUCCACAGCAACAGUAUCCGGGACAUGGAUCGCCGGAGGCAAUGAAGAGCGUACCAGUACUACGCACAUUUGGCGGUCAUCACAUCGCGUAGCGGGAGCGGGAGAGGGAACUGGUGGUUGUGGCUAGCGCCACAGCAACAGUUCCUCAAGGAGUAGGAGCACCAGCAGCACUGGCAGCACCGAGCUGCUCCUCAUCGACAGCCACGCCAUCGGGUACACCACCAAUGCUGCCACCGCUGCCCAAUGCCUUCAUUGCCAUCAAAACGAAGUCCGAGUGCAGCAAUAGCAAUCACAGCUAUAGCCACAGCAACAACAGCAACAGCAACAACAGCCUCACUCUGCACAGUGGCAACAACAGCUUCAAGUCGAACGGAAACGGAAACGGAAAUGGUAACACUAAUGGCAACAACAACACGAACCGCAGAUCACCACAACCGCAGCAGCCACCGCCGCUGCCGAUGAAGAAUGGAUCCAAGCAGCAGGUCAAUGUAGAGUCGCACUAUCAGCAUCUCAGUUACAAUGCUGGCCCCCACAUGCCACAUCCCAGUGGCUCCAGCACACGCAACACACUCGAUCGCAAACAGCAGAGCGGCGGAGGCGGUGGCGGCGGCGACUACUGCACCCAGAUAAAUCCCCACUAUCUGCAGACAUUCGACAGCCUGGAUCACUAUAGUGUGGCCACGAUGCAGCAGCAGCCGCUGCGCAGCCAGUCCAAGUCGCAGAUCUACAGCUACGGCAGCAGCGGCACUGCCAGCGACCACUCGAAUCCCCAGCUUCAUGUGCAACAGCAGCACCACAGCCUCAAGCACACCAAGCACGGUGGCAAGGGCCACAAGAGCGGCAAGCAUAGCUCCAAGAACGGAGGCAGCAACAGCAAGUCGCAGGACGACUUCAAGGCCAUGCACAAACAGCAGCAGCAGCAGCACCAGCACCAAAAGUGCAACAACGGCAACAAGGCAAUCAAGCGGAAUGGUUGCAGCAAUCAGGUGCUGCCCCAGCCGCCACAAUUGCAGCAGCAGCCACACUACACGAGCUCCAGUGAUAGCCUACCAUUUGAUAAUAACUAUUAUUAGACGCACACCCCAUCACACGCACACACUCAGCUACUGUAACACGCAACACUAACGCUAACACGCCACACCCACACCCACACCCACACCCACACCUGCACCUACACCUACACAUAUGUAUGUAGCCCGCGCUUCGUUUGG